UCACAAUUGUACCUCCCUGCUCCCAGAGGCCCUGAUUGGGAUGUAGGGGUGGAGCCAGCUCCGUGCGCAAGCGCGCUGAGGGCGCGUUCGGUCAAGAUGGCGCCUGUGGAGCACGUUGUGGCGGAUGCCGGGGCUUUCCUGCUAGACGCGGCUCUGCAGGACAUCGGGAAGAACAUCUACACUAUCCGGGAUGUGGUGAACGAGAUUCGGGACAAGGCCACGCGCAGGCGGCUCGCCGUCCUGCCCUACGAGCUGCGUUUCAAGGAGCCCUUCCCAGAAUACGUGCGGCUGGUGACUGAGUUUUCAAAGAAAACUGGAGACUAUCCCAGCCUCUCUGCCACAGAUAUCCAGGUGCUGGCACUCACCUAUCAGUUAGAAGCAGAGUUUGUUGGGGUGACUCACCUAAAACAAGAACCGGAAAAGGUUAAAGUGAGCUUAUCAAGUCAGCACCCAGAAACUCCUCUACACAUUUCUGGUUUCCAUCUGCCCUCAAAGCCUAAACCCCCACGAGAAACACUACAACAUGGACACCCAGCUGGUGAGCCCGAGAACCUAGAAUUCAGUUCCUUCAUGUUCUGGAGAAACCCUUUGCCUAAUAUUGAUCAUGAACUGCAGGAGCUGCUGAUGGACAAAGGUGAUGAUGUUCCAAGUGCAGAGGAGGAGGAGGAGGAGGAAGAGGCUGGAUUUGAAGAAAGGAAACAGGAAGAUAGUGACGACGAUGGGGGUGGCUGGAUAACCCCCGGCAACAUCAUGCAGAUCCAGCGGGAGGCGGAGCAGUGUGCCGUCCCGAAGGACGUGCGGGUUGGCUGCGUGACUACAGACUUCGCCGUGCAGAACGUCCUGCUUCAGAUGGGGCUGCACGCGCUGGCGGUGAACGGCCUGCUGAUCCGCGAGGCCCGGAGCUACAUCCUGCGCUGCCACGGCUGUUUCAGAACCACAUCUGACAUGAGCCGAGUGUUCUGUUCGCAUUGUGGAAACAAGACCCUGAAGAAGGUGUCCGUGACCGUCAGUGACGACGGAAGCCUGUGCAUGCACUUCUCCCGCAACCCGAAGGUGCUGAACCCUCGGGGCCUCCGGUAUUCACUUCCCACUCCCAAAGGGGGCAAAUACGCCAUCAACCCCCAUCUGACCGAGGACCAGCGCUUCCCUCAGCUGAGACUCUCCCGGAAGGCCAGGCAGAAAACGGACGUGUUUGCUCCUGACUACAUAGCUGGGGUAUCUCCUUUUGCGGAGAAUGACAUCUCCAGCCGGUCCGCCACCCUGCAGAUCCGAGACAACACCUUGGGAGCAGGGAGGAGGCGGUUAAAUCCCAAUGCUUCCAGAAAGAAGUUUGUGAAGAAGAGGUGAAGCGCAAGCUCUAUGGGGCCGACAGGAUUGCCACUGCAGCUGCUGAGGUGCUCAGGGGCCUCAUUUCC